AUGCGUCUGAUCACAAUCUCUGUCCUGAGCUCUAUACUUGGGAUCCAAGUUGUUUCCGGCUCCCCUGAUCUUCCCAUCGUCGAUCUUGGAUACCAGCUUCAACAUGCGUCCUUCUACAACCAAACCGGAGGCUUCUAUAACUUUUCAAACAUCUGGUACGCCGCACUACCGGUCGACAACCUCCGCUUCCGCGCGCCGGAAUCACCGGCCACGAACCGUACCGUAGUCGAAACCAGCGCAUUGGGACGCGUGUGUCCCCAGAGUUCGCUGGUAUGGUUAUCGGAAGCUAUCGCUUUGGUGACAAACGUUACCUAA